GAGAGAGUGAGCGCAGUUGGAGGACGAGCCGGAGGGAGGAAGGAGAAAAUGAAAUGCGACAAACCACAAGUAUGAACUUGUGACAGUGGUUAUGGUUAACUCAGUCCCUGGGUGUUCUGCUGAUUCUUUUUAAUGCUGAAGAGAAAUCGGUCUUAUCUUUAUAUUUUAUAUGAUGUUCCGCAGCCCCUCACCGGUCCUCCUGUUCCUGCUCCUGACCACCCUCCGCUGCCUGGUGUCUGCAGCGAGUUCGUCCAUCUCCUGUUACAGCGACUCCGGGAAUCCCGUGGACUGGUUCAUCGUUUACAAACUGCCCAAACGCAGCAGUCUGACUGGGCUCAGCUACAUGUACCAGGACUCUACCACCAAGGGCUGGAAACCGGGGAAUUACUUGAUAAACAAUACACAGGGAGCUGUGGGCCGCACUCUGACACAAGUCUAUAAGGAAGGUCAAGCUCAGAACCAAGAGACAGCGUAUGUGCUGUAUAACGAUCAGUCUACUAAACACUCGGAGAGCAACUACGGCCACACUAAAGGUGUCAUCCUCUUGGAUCAGAAGCAAGGUUUCUGGCUGGUGCACAGCACUCCUCAUUUCCCGCUGCCAGCCAACGAGAGUUACAGCUGGCCAGACUCAGGCAAACGCAAUGGGCAAUCCUUCCUCUGCGUCACGUACCCCUACGCCCAGUUCAACGAGAUCGGCCUCCAGCUGUUGUACAACAAUCCUCACACUUACUCCCACUCUGUACCGGAGCCUUUCGCCAGAGACUUGCCCGACCUCAAGAAGGCCGUGGAGCCCCACAGGGCGCUCCCCCCGGGGGGGAAGAGAAAGGCUGGGUUGCGCUCAGUGGCCGGAACCAACUUCAACAGCUUCGCAAAAUCCAAAGCUUUCGGCAAAGAUCUGUACGUUGACUGGCUGGCGGGCGAGUUUGCCAGUGACCUCCUGGUGCAGUCGUGGCCCAAUUCCCGAGGGACUCUGCCGUCGAAUUGCUCCGGGCCUCACUGGGUUUACAACGUGGACACCAUCCACCUGCCCGGGAACCCCGACUUCACCAGCACCGUAGACCACUCCAAGUGGUGCGUGACCCACCCACGCGGCGACGGACCGAGCUGGGUCUGCGUCGGCGACAUCAACCGAGACAGAGCCGAGGAGUUCCGGGGCGGAGGGGUUGUCUGCGUCAACGAUCCCGCCGUCUGGAAGUCUUUUUCCAGCCUGGUCUUGAAAUUCAAGGAUUGUUCGUCCCGUAACUAGCAGCAACUUGUGGGAACUAACUAACUAACUAAUUAUUAUUAUAAUAAAACAGGUGUUCAGCCGUGCCUCAGGUGUGGAGGCACUCGUGCCUCUGGGCUGCUUUGACACUCCAAUAACAAUAAUAAUAAUAAUAAUAAUUAGCUUUACGUUUGACACAGCGCCUUAUCGCGCCUUUGGCACUUCUCAAAGCGCUUCACGGGAUAUGCUGUAAAGUGUAGUGACAGUGUGUUUUGUGGGUGAAACGCAGCAGCCAAUUGCGCCCAGCGACGUCCAUGGCAAUUGUUUGAUUUUGACAAACUAACAUUGCACCUUCCUCUUCGACUGUGCGUACAGUCACCCACCCCACUCCUGCUUGACAUCGGGUUCUGCCUUUGUUAUGUGCUCCGCGACGCUGCCCUUUGUUGUUGUAUAAAAUGCAAUUAAAAGUGGGUUUUAUAAUCUGUGAGCA